AUGGCUUUGGCAUCAUCACCAUCCCUCUCCAAACUCUCUCUAGUGUUGCUCUUCUUCCUGUCACUUUCUUCUUCUCAUCCCUCCCAUGACCCUACCUACCCACCACAAUCACAUGCAGAAAGGCUCGUCAGAAGCCUUAACCUAUAUCCGAAGGACUCAGUUAACAUUAUAGAAAGUGACCAUGCUGGUCAUGGUUUUGUCCCUGGUGAGAUCGUGGAGAAGAAGUUUUCGUUUCUUGGUGAUUCUGGGCCUUCUGUUGAAGACCUUGGUCACCAUGCAGGCUACUAUUCCCUUCCUCAUUCCAUAUCUGCAAGGAUGUUCUACUUUUUCUUUGAAUCACGGAUCAGCAAGGAUGAUCCUGUUGUGAUAUGGUUGACUGGAGGACCAGGGUGUGGAAGUGAAAUAGCUUUGUUUUAUGAGAAUGGUCCUUUUCAUAUUGCCAAUAACAUGUCUCUUACAUGGAAUGAUUACGGCUGGGAUCAGGCAUCAAAUAUAAUAUUUGUUGACCAACCUACGGGAACAGGUUUUAGUUACUCUUCUAAUGAUACUGACAUUCGUCAGGAUGAAGCCGGGGUUAGCAAUGAUUUAUAUGAUUUCUUGCAGGAGUUUUUCAAGGCACAUCUUGAUUUCAUUAGCAAUGACUUUUACAUUUUUGGUGAAUCAUAUGCUGGACACUACGUUCCUGCACUUGCAUCCCGGGUUAACCAAGGAAAUAAACAAAAUCAAGGACUUCAUAUAAACCUCAAGGGUUUUGCUAUUGGUAAUGGGUUAACAAACCCUGCAAUUCAAUACCAAGCAUACCCAGAUUUUGCAUUAGACAAGGGAGUAAUUACUAAGACUGAGUAUGAAACUCAAGGCGGAGAAAGUUGUGCCGAUGCGUUAGAUAUUUGUGAAAACAUUUUGUAUCGUAUCCUUGUCUUUACUGACAACAUUAACUACUAUGACAUCAGAAAGAAAUGUGAGGGAUAUUUGUGCUACAACUUCACAAACGUGGAAAAGUUGUUAAAUGAGCAGAAAGUGAAGCGUGCUUUAGGUGUGAGGGAUGACUUGGAGUAUGAUUUAUGCAGUUUAAAAGUUCAUGCGGCUAUGAUGCAAGACUGGAUGAGAAACCUGGAAGUGGGGAUUCCUGCUCUUCUUGAGGAUGGAAUCAAGUUGCUAGUGUAUGCUGGGGAAGAAGAUCUCAUAUGCAAUUGGCUUGGGAAUUCAAGGUGGGUACAAGCCAUGCAGUGGUCAGGCCAAAAGGGAUUUGAGAUAUCUCCUACAGUGAAAUUUGUGGUUGAUGGUGCAGAAGCAGGUUCUCUUAAUAGCUAUGGACCUCUCACUUUUCUCAAGGUGCAUGGGGCAGGGCACAUGGUCCCUAUGGAUCAACCAAAAGUUGCACUUCAGAUGUUGACAAGCUGGACAGGAGGGAAACUAAAUGCAUCCUCUUCUGCAAGUUGUGAUCUUAUGGAGCCUGACAGGUUAAAUUCCCCAACGACAUUUGAGAUGCCAUUGGAAGUUUUGGGCCACGAGUUGCAGUUUUCUCAGGAUCCCAAUUCCAAGCACUUGGGGACUACAGUAUGGGAUGCAUCACUUGUGUUUGCCAAGUUUCUUGAACGGAAUUGUAGAAGGGGGAGAUUUUCCCCAGCUAAACUUAAAGGAAAACGUGUAAUUGAACUAGGAGCUGGCUGUGGUGUUUCUGGUUUUGGAAUGGCUUUGCUGGGAUGUAAUGUUAUAGUGACUGACCAAAAGGAGGUUUUGCCAUUGUUAGGGAGAAAUGUUGAGCGUAAUAUUUCAAGGGUCAUGCAAAAGAAUCCUGAGUCAUUUGGUUCAAUCAAGGUUGCUGAACUUCAGUGGGGAGACGAGAGUCACAUUAAGGCUGUGGGUCCUCCUUUUGACUACAUAAUCGGCACUGAUGUUGUGUAUGUAGAGCAUCUACUGGAACCUCUAUUACAGACAAUACUUUCUUUAUCUGGACAUAGGACUACAAUUUUGUUGGGCUAUGAGAUCCGCUCUACAAGUGUCCAUGACAAGAUGCUUCAGAUGUGGAAAAGAUACUUUGACGUGAAGACUGUCUCGAAGUCCAAGAUGGAUGAGACAUUUCAACAUCCAAGUAUUGAACUCUUCAUUAUGGGAUUUAAACAUUCAGCAGAGUGCACAGAGAACUCAGGUGAGACAACUGUUGAAAAAGUUGAUGUGGAAACUGUUGUGGAUGAUAAAAGCAGUGAGGGAAGCGUUGUAGCAGAAGAAGGAACUGGUCUCGUUGAAGAAAACGUUGAGGAUCACGAUAAGUCAAUCUCGCAAAAUGCUAAGCUUAGUGAAUGGGAAGCCAGAAGGUAUGGAGCAAUGGCUGCAAGGAUUUUGCGAGAUAUAAAAAUAUCUUGA